GCCGCUAAGCUAACAGUCUGAAUUGUGGGUAACUUCAAAAUGGCCGCUCCCAUCUUGAAAUGGAAGCGGGUCACCAAUACUACGGGACCUUGUCCCAGACCGCGUCAUGGACAUCGAGCUGUGGCAAUCAAAGAUUUGAUGAUUGUCUUUGGCGGUGGUAAUGAAGGAAUCGUUGAUGAACUACAUGUUUACAACACAAGCACCAACCAGUGGUUUGUGCCUGCAGUUCGAGGCGAUAUUCCACCAGGUUGUGCAGCAUAUGGUUUCAUAUGCGAUGGGACAAGGAUCCUGGUAUUUGGUGGAAUGGUGGAAUAUGGUAAAUACUCAAAUGAGCUAUACGAGUUGCAAGCUAGUCGCUGGGAGUGGAAGCGCCUCAAACCAAAACCACCAAAAAGUGGUCCUCCACCUUGUCCACGUCUUGGUCACAGUUUCACACUGCUUGGUAACAAAGCAUAUUUGUUUGGUGGACUGGCAAAUGAUAGCGAGGAUCCCAAGAACAACAUUCCUCGUUACCUAAAUGACUUGUAUACCCUGGAGCUGCGGCCACUCUCAAAUCAGAUGUCAUGGGACUUGCCAACAGUUAGUGGACAGCCUCCUCCACCUCGUGAGUCCCACACUGCCUGUGCUUAUACAGAGAAAGAUGGCCGUCGACCACGACUCAUUAUCUAUGGUGGUAUGAGUGGAUGCCGACUUGGUGAUCUCUGGCAAUUUGAAGUUGAGUCAAUGGCUUGGACAAAGCCUUCACUCCAAGGCAUCCCACCACUUCCACGGAGCCUCCACUCUUCAACAGUAGUCAACAACCGCAUGUUUGUGUUUGGUGGCUGGGUGCCGCUGGUCAUGGACGAUGUGAAGGUUGCUACCCAUGAGAAGGAGUGGAAGUGCACAAACAGUCUUGCCUCACUUAAUCUAGAUACAAUGACAUGGGAGCCACUUGCUAUGGAGGUGUUUGAGGACGCGUUGCCUAGAGCAAGAGCAGGUCACUGUGCAGUGGCAAUCAACACACGCUUGUACAUAUGGAGUGGUCGUGAUGGAUAUCGUAAAGCAUGGAACAACCAAGUGUGUUUCAAAGAUCUCUGGUUUUUGGAAACUGAAAAGCCUCCAGCACCCUCUAGGGUCCAGCUAGUACGUGCUAGUACCAACACACUGGAGGUCUGCUGGGGAUCAGUUCCUACUGCUGAUGCCUACCUGCUGCAGUUACAGAAAUACGAUUUGCCACCAGCGCAGAGCCUUCCAACCACCGCCGCUGCUACUGCUGCUGCUGUUGCGCCUGCCCCUCCUAGCAUCCCUGCCGUGAGACCCUUGACCCCAGCAACUCCUGGCACACCCACAGUACUAAGAACAGCUACAACAGUUACUGGACUGGUGCGACCUCUGCUGGGCUCCACCUUGUCCAGCCUGGGGGUGGCCCAGCCACAGACUGUCCGAGUGACAACUGCAGCUCGCCCCAAGAACCCUAUGACCAUCACCCCAGUCUCCACAGCAAUACGCGUCACACCUUCUCAGGUUUUGACGCAGACUCCAAAGGGUGCCACAGUUGUCAACACAGCUGGUUCUGGAAGUGGAAGUCAAAUGACAGGAAUUGCAGCACUGGCGGCAGCAGCUGCUGCCACACAAAAGAUCCCAGGUACAUCGGGUGUCACCACAACACCUGUUUCUGGGAUUAAAGUGGUCACACCAACCAUUGUCACCCAAGGUGUCAAGGUCACACCUGUCCAAGGCAAAAUUCAGGGCCAGCAAGUAACAGUUCCGUCCCCAAUAACUCAGACAGUAAGAGUUGCACCCCCUGGCACCACCAUUCUCAAGCCAGGCACAGGCGCUAUGGCUGGAAAGCAGAUCAUUACUGUUCACAAAGGUGGCACAGUCACCAACCAGCCCCAGAUUGUUACACUUGUCAAAACCACUCAAGGGAUGGCUGUUGCAAAUACAAAGGGAGGACUUCCUCAAGGAGCAACUAUCGUGAAGUUGGUGACGACCCAAGCAGGUGGCAGCAAACCAGCAACUAUCAUUUCCUCCUCACAGGCUGGCCACACCCCAUCAAACAUUUUGGGCAUUAGCAGCGUGCAACCCAGUACUGCCACAUCUCGUACCCUCACCACUCUCAUUAAGACCAUCCCAUCAUCUAUGCUUACGGUUGCCAAACCUGGAACAGGUGUCACAACCACACAAGUGGGCACAAAAACCAUUGUUAUUGCAGCUCCAAAAGGUACUGCAGGUGCUCUCUCAGCACCCACCAAAAUCAUCACUUCCGUCCCCAAGCUGGGUGGUCAGGCUGGUAACACCCAGUUCAUUGUUGUCAGUCCUCAGAGUGCCACUUCUGUAGGUAACACAGUAAGUAAACCAAUUACCGUGACAACAUUAUCUGCAGGCAGUGCAGGUGCACAAAUGGUGGUUCCUACCUCAAAGCCCGUCAUCAGCGUUUUAUCUGCUGGAGGGCAGACAGUUACUAUGACAGCAACUACACCAACAGCACCAGCAACAGCCCAGAUUCUUGGGCAAUCAAUCGCCUCAAAUGUCACAUCCAUUCUUGGGACACCAGUCAUGAAGACUGCAACAGCUUCCCCAACAAUCUCUCUCAUUGCACAGCCUUCUGCUGGGGAAGUUCCUACCACAAUAGCAACUCGCCAGAUUGUCACACUUCCAAGCCAGAUGUCACUUGCAGGUACUGGAACCAAGGGUCCAGUGCAGAUCACGAUCACACCUGUAUCACAUACUCAAGCUGUUGGGACAAUAGCUGCUGGCAACAUUCUUCCUACAGCUCAGCCUACAAUCGUCACAGCUACAUCAGUAACUGCAGCAGCUGAGCAGCAGAUGCUUGGAGAUAGCACCGAAGAGUGUGAUGGAAUUCAUGGUUGCCCUGGUGAUGGUGGAGACACUGGUUCUUUAGCACAGGCUGACCAGGAGUGUGAUGGCAUCCAUGGAUGUCCCGGUGGCAGCCAGACUGCCCAGCAGGAUGACCAUUGUGAUGGCAUUCAUGGAUGUCCAGGCAAUGACCAGCCUGCCCAGCAGGCAGACCAGUGUGAUGGAAUCCAUGGAUGUCCUGGUGAUGGACAGACACCGAUCCAGGCUUCACAGGAAUGUGAUGGCAUUCAUGGCUGUCCAGGAAAUGAACCAGCCAAACAAGAUGAGUGUGAUGGCAUUCAUGGUUGCCCUGGCAAUGAACCAGCUAAACAAGAUGAGUGUGAUGGCAUCCAUGGCUGUCCAGGAAAUGAACCAGCCAAACAAGAUGAGUGUGAUGGCAUUCACGGUUGCCCAGGAAAUGAACCAGCUAAACAAGAUGAGUGUGAUGGCAUUCAUGGUUGCCCAGGGAAUGAACCACCUAAACAGGAUGAGUGUGAUGGCAUUCAUGGUUGCCCAGGGAAUGAACCAUCUAAGCAAGAUGAGUGUGAUGGCAUUCAUGGUUGCCCAGGGAAUGAACCACCUAAACAAGAUGAGUGUGAUGGAAUUCAUGGAUGUCCUGGAAAUGAGGAGCAAGCUAAAAAAGACGAGUGUGAUGGUAUUCACGGCUGUCCAGGGAAUGAUGAGCCAUCUAAAGGUGAUAAGUGUGAUGGAAUCCAUGGUUGUCCUGGAAACAAUGAGCCCCCAAAAGGUGAUGAGUGUGAUGGGAUCCAUGGCUGUCCUGGAAAUGACCAGCCCUCCACCAGCGGAGAGUGUGAUGGCGUGCAUGGCUGCCCAGCUAAUGAGGAAAAUCAGGGCGAAGGACAAGAACAGCCUGUGGGUGCAGAAUCAGGGCUGACAGUCAUGCCUGGGGAGGCCAUUCCCAUGGAAACAGGUGAAGGCAGUGAGACGGUGCCUGUGGCACCAGCAGUAGACAGCGUGGGUUUGAGUGGGGGAUCAUCAGACAUGGCAGCACCACCUCUUGAUCUUCUCCAAUCAGAGCAAGGCGGUUCCCAUGAACCUAUGGAUGAAGGCUUACCUGACACUGCAGCCGUGGCUGUCCCCAUCCCACCUGUUCCAGAAAUCAAAACAGAGGGUGAUUCAUUGCAGGCAUCUGCUGGACAGUUAAACACACCUGUGGGCAGUGGAGCAGGGUUAUCUGUGGGAGCAGAUGCAGCAGAUUCUUUGGCUACUUUGGCAUCAGCUGCUAUCUCUACAGCUAGUGCUACUUCAUCAUCUAGCACAUCACACGAUGCCACAGCCAGUUCAGGACAACAAAUUAAGGAAGCAGAUAUAAAAACAGAGGUGAAGCCUGACAAGCCUGUUGUGAAACGUGACACCACACAGUGGUUUGAUGUGGGAAUCAUUAAGAGCACCUCCUUCGUUGUUUCGCACUAUCAUCUUCCAUCAGAAAAUUCUCAGGGCAAUGGAGAUGACAUCGAUGUGGUUAACGUGCCAGACCACAGUGACCUCAAGAAGCAGGAGCUACAACCCGGCACUGCCUACAAGUUUCGGGUUGCAGGCAUCAAUGCCUGUGGCCGAGGUCCAUUUAGUGAGGUUUCUGCCUUUAAGACAUGCCUCCCAGGUUUUCCUGGUGCCCCAUCUGCCAUCAAGAUUAGUAAGAGCACAGAGGGUGCACAUCUAUCCUGGGAGCCACCCCAGAAUACGGCAGGCAAGAUCACAGAGUAUUCAGUCUAUCUGGCUGUGCGCAACACCGCAUCAGAACCAAAGCCUGGCACACCUGCUCAGCUGGCGUUCGUCCGAGUAUUUUGUGGGCCCAGCCCCUCAUGUGUGGUCAGCAAUACAAGUUUGGCCUCAGCACACAUUGACUACACUACCAAGCCAGCCAUCAUCUUUCGCAUAGCUGCACGCAAUGAGAAAGGUUAUGGGCCUGCCACACAAGUCAGAUGGCUUCAAGAUGCGGCUCAAAGCCCACAAGCUGGUGGCAAAGUUGCUCUCAAGCGGGGAUCACCGGGUGGUGAUGUCAAACCUGCAGUUGCAGGAGGCUCUGUCAUUAAGAAGAUCAAGCUGGAAGAUGAUCAGUAGAGACCUCGAGCACAAAAAGGAGAGUGUUUUAUAAUGUAGCUGCACAGACUCCAGCAAGACAUGGCACUGCCUUCCGCAUGUACAUAGGCCUGCUCUCCAAGAUGGAGAUCACAUGUACAGUGCACACAACUCACAUUCACUUAAUGGCAGCAAUUCCAUUUGCAUGACAUAGAGACAAGGAGGCUUGGAUCAAAGAGAAAGGUGGGAUGAUACAGCCACCACGUUACUUCUCUUCUUUUUUUUUAAGGAUAUAUGGCCAAUAUCUGAGUAGUUCACAAGGAUACAUCCACCAUCCCCUCCACAAGAGUUGGUGCUUCUUGUUUUGUACAGACCAAUAUCCUUUUGUUAUACAGUUUAUUUCAUUUGUAAGGAGAAUGUUACACAAAUCUGAGAGUGCAGACAUUUUACAUGUCCCCACCCCUGUUCACUUUUAAGCAAGGACUGCUUAGGAUGGUCAAAAAACCAAGAGCAGCACAGAGUGAUGCAACAGGGUGCAUAAUGUCAUUUACUAGCUAAAUGAAUUUCAAGAUGUUCACAGGAAUCCAGAAUACCACAUGAUAGAAAAUAUGACCAUCUCACCGGCAACUCAUAUUCUCUUUUCAUAUGUAAAAAAAACAAAAAGUUAUCUAAUGUUUGAAAGUACAUUGACAGUGUGACUUAGCAUUAUAAUGCAUUGACUAUUGAGGUCGUUGAUGACUGCUGCAUGUUAUAUCAAACAUUUGGAUGUGCUGGAUAUUAUUUUAAUAAUUCAGUGUACUCAUCUUCCACUUAUCUUGUUACUACUCUUUAUUAUGAACAGUUGGAUUUUACGGAAUCAUUUUGAGAUGUAAAAGUGUAGAUUGUGUGUUUUAUAGCAGAUAUGGUUAAUAAAUAUGAAAAAUGUAAUUUGGCAGCUUAAGUGGCAAAAAUGAGGAGCAAGAUGGGGCUUAAAGACAGCGAUGAAACAUAAUCUCAUAUGGAGUCCAAAAUAAAAUUCCUUGUGCAAGAUAAAGUGCAAGCUAGCUGGAGAGGAAGAUCUCAGUACUUUAGUGACAACAGCUCUAGGCAGCUGUCAGUCGAGCAGUAUCUGAGCAUGUUCAUCGCUAGUUGCCAUUGUGCAACAAAACAAAUUUUUAUUUACAAAUAUUUUCUUCACUCUGUAGUUGAAUUCCACAAUCUGUCAAGUAUAUCGUCUCACAGCAAUUUUCUUUACCCUCUUCAUAAUCACUAUGAUGUGCUUGUUAUGGAUUGAACUGGCAUACUGAAGGGCACUUUUAGCACCCUGCCUUAGUAAAGACUUCCUGUUAGCCUCAAGGUCAUGUUGUACUGAUGCAGUCACCAAUCUGUGUUGAGAGGCACAAGAUUAUCACCUUAACUGUGCCUGAUGCCAUCCCUUGUUCAGUUUCUAUGCAGUUGGAACAGCCGUCAGAUUUGUUAGACAACGACAGACUUGGACAAGGCUUGCGUGUUUCAUAGUCUUAAAAAAUAAGUGAUAAUGAUAGUAGUCCACAUGACAGGAGGCUUUAUUCUGGGAGGUUGACACAUUCUUGUGCAGUUUCACAAAGCCAUUUAUCUUGUAUGAUUUGCUCUCUACCAUUUUGAAGAUGCCAUGGCCUUUUCACCUUUUAUUUUUAUUGUUACUGGGAAGAGGGAAAGCUGGUGGUCACCAAUUAAGGUAAAGGCAAUGCUGAAUUUUUGUUUAAUCUAUACUUAAUAAAUCAAAAUGCAAUAAAGACUACGUUUGAUAAUUCCAUGCUGGAUAAUACAAGAGUAUUUAAGUAAAGCUUCAUUUGGUAACUUUUUUCCUGCCUUUUUAUUUAAGACAAGCAAUGAUCUUUAAAAAUGUGUUCUUUCUGUGUAAGAUUUACUCAGUUUAUUUUAGCUGUCUACAAGAAAAAUAAAUGUUGUUGGUGUUUGUUUUGAUGUUACGUGCAGUAGUUGGUUUCUGCUUAUUAUUGCAGUACAGCCCAAUCUUGCGGCAAAGAAAGGUCUUGUUCACAAAAAAGUGAAAUUGGCUUAUUACUUGAUAUUAUUAAUCUGUAUUUAGCAAAGACUGUUUAUGUUUACAAAUGUCAGCAAAAGUAACUGUUUAUGUGAAGCACGUGUCUAAAGCUUGUGUAAGCAUUAACAAAGUCUCAAUCAGUUUGACAUAUUGGUUUCACUUUCUACAGCACAGCCAGCACUCAUAAUGAAUUAAAAUUAACAGCAACAGGGUAAAACAUAUUUGGGCUUGUGUUCACCCAGUCUUGCAUGUUGCGGUGCAGGAAAAUACUUUGCUUGAAUCCAUGUGUUGGUACAAAAAUGCUAAAGACAUUCAUCUCUUCUGGACUUAAAAAAUAUUGGCUUUUCAUAGCACGGUAGGCAUAAAAGAGUAUGCAUGAUCUCACUUUCAUCCCUGUUUUUUUACUUGAAAGAUGAGAUUUCUACAUUAUGAAUAAAGAUUUGGAGGGCAAUUUAGCAGCUUUAAUAUUUGUUGGCCAUGGCUUUAUCAUUAUUUUGAUCAUUCCAUGAUGCCUGUCAUCACUGCUUACCAUUUCAGUAAAGAAAACUGGUCAUAGAUCAAGUGCUGCUUCUGGGGGGUGCAUUCAAAUUCUUCAGUGAAUCUGCACCUUUUCACAGACAGGGAUGUACCUAGUGGAUGCCUUAGCUUAAGACCCCAACAACCAACUUUAACUGCAGGUGUACAUACUGACCGGACACAGCAGAGGAUUACACACUGUGGCUGCAGCCCUCGAGGAUUUAACUUUUAAAUUGCUGAUUCACAUUAACUAAGGGUUGUUAAUGCCCGGUGAGCUUACAUUUAGGUCUACUCAGUAUGAUAGAGGAGAAUAUUUCCUGGAGUAAGCUGGAUAUUUUAUGGUAUCAGUGCUAAAGAACAUGCUGUCAAGGGAACCAGUAGUUCAAGAUUGGAUCCUUCUGUUUGAAACAUUUUAAGUCUGCAGCAGAAAGACCAGCUUCAGACCACUAGUCACUGAACUUUGCAAUUGACUUACAAAUGUACCACAUUGUAUCUGAUCAGGAUCAUACAUGUGUCAAAUUUAUAUAACCUGUUUUCUUUGCAAUCACUCCCUCAGACAAACAUUCAGUGCAGUAACACAGGGCGGUCCAGUGUCACCACAGUUAGUGCACAACACCAAUACAGUGAAGGUCAGCUGUUCUGGGUUUAGCUCUCAUCUCAGGCACGCUGUUUUUUCUCUGCAUGUGGCAUCUGUUUACAGGGCUACAUUGACAUGAUAUAGCCUUAGUUGCUGGCUGCACAUAAAACAGCAAUUCCUCACCCCACACCCCUUUUCAGUGCAUUACCAUUAAUAGCAAAUGGAGAAUACAAGUCUCCAAGGUAUGAAAAAAUAUUUUGUAAUAGCUGUAUAUACUUGGUCCAUUUCUUGUACAUUUUAAUAGUAUUUGCAACCUGAAGGACUCCCUUUCAAACUGCAGGUUUUCUGCCUACACUAUUUUAUGGUAAGAAGCAUGUUGAGAGCAGAAAGUAAUUUUAUUUUUAGCAUUUGGGGUUUUUUUUGUGAGAUAAAGUAUAAUACAAACAUUUAAAUUUC